GCCCUGAGAACUACAAGUCCCAGGGAGGGGUGCGGGGCUGCCAGAUCCUGCCUUCCACCCUUCUCCCCGUGCCGUGCCGACCCUCGCUGGGUUUGUCCCGUUUCCCCCCGCCCGCUCCUGGGACAGGGGCCAGCGGACCGCAGGGGAGAAGGUGGGUGCUGCAGCCUCCCCGCGGGCUGCGCUGCAGGGGUGUCCCCGAGGAGGGGGAUGCUUGGGGGGCUGGUGAGUCACGGUGCCCCGGGGCCAGCCCUGGGCUCUGGGGGGGCCCUCCCGGAACGACUCCCGCCCCCGCUGGGGAGGACGGUCUGGCGCUGCAGCCUGCUGAAGAAGGCUCCCAGGACUGACGGAGCGCUCCAGGUCCACAGGCCGGUGCUGUGCAUUGUUGGAGACUAGCCCUUGGGAUCACCGCAGCCCCGAACCAGCCUUCGCUCCCCCCAGGAAACAUCCCAUUGUGGCUGCUAAUGGGAAUGUGACACAGUGUUGUUCCCAGCAUCGUGACUUUUCCAUCAUGUCAGAACCUAUAACCCUCAACGUUGGAGGAAAACUGUACACCACUUCCCUGUCUACCCUGACUAGUUUUCCAGACUCCAUGCUGGGCGCCAUGUUCAGUGGAAAGAUGCCAACCAAGAGGGAUAGCCAAGGCAACUGCUUCAUUGACAGAGAUGGCAAAGUGUUCCGCUACAUCCUGAACUUCUUGAGAACUUCCCACCUGGACCUCCCUGAGGACUUCCAGGAAAUGGGCUUGCUGCGACGGGAGGCAGAUUUUUAUCAGGUUCAGCCACUGAUUGAAGCAUUGCAAGAGAAGGAGGUGGAGCUCUCCAAAGCUGAGAAGAAUGCCAUGCUCAACAUCACCUUGGAUCAAAGGACACAGACAGUUCACUUCACUGUUCGGGAAGCGCCCCAGAUCUACAGCCUGUCUUCCUCCAACAUGGAAGUAUUUAGUGCCCACAUAUUCAGCACGUCAUCUCUGUUCUUGAAGCUCCUAGGUUCCAGACUUUACUAUUGCUUCAAUGGCAACCUGUCUUCAAUAUCCAGCUACCUGCAGGACCCCAACCACUUGACCUUGGAUUGGGUCGCGACUGUGGAAGGCCUGCCAGAAGAGGAGUACACUAGACAGAACUUAAAGAGACUUUGGGUGGUCCCAGCUAAUAAGCAAAUUAAUAGCUUCCAGGUAUUUGUGGAAGAGGUGCUAAAAAUAGCCAUGAGUGAUGGGUUUUGUGUGGAUUCCUCCCACCCCUAUGCCUCUGAUUUCAUGAAUAAUAAGAUUAUUCGACUAAUUCGGUACAAGUAGGAAUAGCCUGUUGUUAUGGUAUCAGGAAAUACAUAACCAAACAGUGUUUCAUUUUAAGACCCACUUCAAGACACUGUAACAAACAGCCUAAUACAAAAUUAUGUGAUAAUCUGUACUAAAAAUCACUAACUGUGAGUUGAUUUUCCUAUACUGAAUUUACUGAUGUCCUUUCAGAAUAUGUCUGUAUUCUAGGUGGAUGGAACGUUGUCUAUUGGCUUGAGCAGGGUCUAGGAAUUAAGUUCUGAGCUCCAUUUCUGCCUCCA